AUGAGUGUUGGGUGGAAUCUUUGGUUCAGCAGGAUUAACUGGGUGCCAACCCAUGUUGAAGCGGUCAUCCAAGCGCAUACCAUUGGCUUCUCUCUCUGCCGCAGUCACGAUUGCUCGGUUAUUCGGGCAGGCUAUGAAGUGGAAGGGAAAAUAAGCCCUCAUUGUCGCUAUCAAUUCUGGGGUAUAUCGACGCCAGCGCGGGUCUCCGAGCCACCGGUCCUCCUUGCUCGUGUGAGGAGGUUGGAAUGCCCCAGACCCAGGCCUGAUACCAAGGUCCGGCUCCGUGGCGUUUACAUGAAAUCGGCAUAUCCAUUCAAGACCCUGUAUGUUGGAUGGGUCCCGAAACUCUCGGUCUACAUGGGUCAGGUGUGA